AAUGAAAUGAACGAAGGAAGAAUGAAAGCACAAACGAAACAAACCAACACAACAACAACAACAAUGGCAGACGAGGAUGCGACACUGCAGACGGACGAGCUGGAGUCCCUGUCGAUGAUAUACGAGGACGAGUUUGCGUGGGACCACAAGGCGUCGAGCGACAAUGCACAUGACACGCACACGUGCAAGAUCACUGUUGGCAGCGACAAGUUUGAGUUGAGGCUUCUUAUCCCUCGCGACUACCCAUCCAAGUCCCCGCCACUCUACGAGCUCGAUCAACGAUGGACAGGGCGUCCAGAGGCCGCACAGAUCCGAGCUAUCCUCGACUCUGCCUUCAACCCUGGAGAUGUCGUGAUCAUGGACUGGGUGGAGGCACUACGGGAGUUCCUUGAGGAGGCCAAACUCGAGGCCGAGGCCGAGAAGGAACACCAGCAGCAGCAGCAGCAACAACAACAGAUGCAGGAACGGCAGGACCAGAUGCAGCAGCAGAAGGAAGAUGAAGACAGCAGUGCGAAUGUUCACGGUGAUGAGGAGAACACGAAUACAUCGUCGACGUCAGACCCGGCCCACCCUUGCCCACAUAUCGAUCACGGUGAACCGUUCACAGACCGCAAGAGCACGUUCCAGGGGCACGUUGCCACCGUGCACAGCGUGGCGGAUGUCAAGGCGGUGAUGGCUGAGCUGCUCAGCAAUAGCAAGAUUGCACGCGCAACGCACAACAUGGUUGCAUACAGGAUAUGGGAUGAUGACCGGGGUGUGUGGGUGCAGGACUGUGAUGACGACGGCGAACACGGCGCAUCAUCUCGCAUGCUGCACGUUCUGCAGCUGACUGACGCCAGGAACGUGCUGGUGGUUGUGUCGCGAUGGUUCGGUGGCAUUCUCCUCGGUCCAGAUCGUUUCAAACACAUCAACAACUGCACAAGGGAUGUCAUGGUUGAGUUUGGGCACAUCCAAGACAGCAGCUCUUCAUCCGAUUCAGGAGGCAAACGAAAGAAGAAGGGCCGAAAAAAGAGAUGAGAUGAGCACACAUUAGACUGUUCCUUCCGCCCAUGAUGUUUGUGUGCGAGUGUGUGUGUAUGCGUGUAUGUGUGUGUGCUUGUGUGUAUGCGUGUAUGUGUGUG